AAAGGAAAAGGUGCCUUUCUUCUGAACUACCGCUUGGCAUUUGCUCACUUGCCCGACGGCCUCAGUUGGGCAUUGGUAGUUAUCGUGCCUGAGCUACCCUCAAGAAUCGUGUUCUUUGAGAAGCAUUCGUUUGCGUCUGACAAAGAUCGUGUUCCGCUGGAGGCCUGUUUUCCGUUAAAUGAAGUCUUCGUUGAGCCACAACGAGGCUAA